AUGAGCGGGCAGCUGCCUAGCAAGGCGCUGGCGCCGCUGUACCGGCAGUUCCUGCGGGCCUGCGAGAAAACCUUCAAAGGCGACUUCGAGGCGCAGCGAAUUCUUUACUUCCAAAUGCGCCUUUUGCUGCGCCGCAACUCCCUCGGACUCUCUCCGCAGCAGCUCCACAGCGAGCUCCAAAUGGCCGUCGAAUUCGUCAAGUACCACAUAGUGCAGGCGCAGCUGAACGAAAAGACGGGAGGCUACAAAGCCGUGGUGACCGACGAGCACUUGAAAAAAGGAAAUGUAAUUCACUUAAACGAAAUUGACCCGCAGCAGCUGCAGCAGCUGCAGCAGCAGCAGCAGCAGCGGCUGCCGUGGCUCAAGGAGCCCACGGAGGCCAAGUUCUAG